AUGGUUGUUUUAUCAGUUGUGUUGACAAGAGUUGUGAACUGGGUGUGGCUAAAACCAAAGAAGCUAGAGAGCUACCUGAGAAGACAAGGUCUCCCUGGAACUCCUUACACGCCUCUCGUUGGAGACAUCAAGAGAGAUGCUAAAAUGUUGAUGGAGGCAAGAUCAAAAUCCAUCACACCAACGGAUGAUAUCAUCCCACAUAUCCUUCCUCUUGCCUUGAAGAUGUUCAACUGUCACGGAAGGACCUUCUUCAUAUGGAUUGGACCUACUCCAGUGAUCAUGAUAACGAAUCCAGAGCAUAUCAAAGAAGUCUUUAGUAAAAUCCAGGAUUUUGAAAGCACUGUUUCAUCACCUUUGGUCAAAUUGUUAGUAGGCGGGGUAGCUAGCUAUAAGGGAGAUAAGUGGGCAAGACACAGAAGGAUCAUUAACCCUGCUUUUCAUCUCGAGAAGAUCAAGAACAUUGUCCCUGCGUUCUACCAUUGCUCCAGCGAGGUUGUGUGCCAAUGGGAGAGACUGUUUAAGGAUAAAGAGUCUUCUUGUGAGGUCGAUGUUUGGCCUUGGCUUGUGAAGCUGACUGCAGAUGUGAUCUCGCAUGCUGCUUUUGGAAGCAGCUAUAAAGAAGGACAGAGGAUAUUUGAGCUCCAAGGUGAACUAUCUUGGCUCAUUGCACAAGCGAAUAAGAGACCUUACAUCCCUGGAUUGAGGUUUUUCCCAACAAAGAGCAAUAAGAGGAUGAAUGCAAUAGACAAAGAGAUAGACACAAUACUGAGAGGUAUGGUGAACAAGCGGGACAAAGCAGAACACAAUGACUUGUUGGGGAUACUUCUUGCAUCGAGUUCAGAGGAGUCUGGAGGAAGUGGUUUGAGUGUAGAAGAAGUUUUGAAAGAGUGCAAGCUGUUUUACUUUGCAGGACAAGAGACAACUUCAGUGCUCUUGGUCUGGACAAUGGUUUUAUUAAGCUAUCACCAAGACUGGCAAACUAGGGCAAGAGAGGAAGUGAGACAAAUACUCGGUGAUGAUAAUGAUACUAAACCUGAUAUAGAUUCUCUUAGCAACCUUAAAGUGAUGAGUAUGAUCUUCUAUGAGGUUUUGAGGCUAUACCCUCCGGUAACUCAGCUUAGAAGAGCCAUCAACAAAGAAGUGAAGCUAGGAGAGCUUACACUUCCAGCUGGAGUUAAAAUUUACAUACCAACUGCUAUUGUUCAUCGCGACACCGAGCUUUGGGGGGAAGAUGCAGGGGAGUUUAAGCCGGAACGUUUCAAAGAAGGGAUCUCAAAAGCAACAAAGAAUCAGGUCUCUUACUUCCCCUUUGGGUGGGGACUAAGGAUCUGCAUUGGUCAGAACUUUUCUCUGUUGGAGGCUAAGAUGGCAAUGGCUUUGAUUCUGCAGAGAUUCUCCUUUGAGCUUUCUCCUUCUUAUGUUCACUCGCCUCAAAUAGUUAUGACCACUCGUCCUCAGUUUGGAGCACAUCUCAUCCUGCACAAGCUCUGA